GUCCUCUCGCGCGAGGCGCGCGGUCUCCCCGCGGCAGCCCUAGGGCUGUGGCAGGCGCCCGCCCGGAGUCCUCCUGCUCCCCAUCAUGCAGAGCGCACACGGCCCGCCGCUCAGACUCUAUGGUAAGGACAGAUGAGCCGCCCGCCGACGAGGCGGAGGCGGGGCCGGAAAGAAGAUGGCGACGCUGGUGCUGGAUAACGGCGCCUACAAUGCCAAGAUUGGCUACAGCCACGAGCAUGUCAGUGUUAUUCCCAACUGCCAGUUUAGAUCAAAAACAGCACGUUUGAAAACUUUUACAGCCAAUCAACUGGAUGAAAUUAAAGAUCCCUCCGGACUCUUUUACAUUCUCCCUUUUCAGAAGGGUUACUUGGUGAACUGGGAUGUUCAGAGACAGGUUUGGGACUACCUUUUUGGAAAGGAAAUGUAUCAGGUGGACUUUGUAGAUACAAAUAUUAUUAUUACUGAACCUUAUUUUAACUUCAGUUCAAUACAAGACUCUAUGAAUGAAAUUUUAUUUGAAGAAUAUCAGUUUCAAGCAGUUCUUAGAGUAAAUGCUGGGGCUCUCAGUGCACAUAGAUAUUUCCGGGACAAUCCAUCCGAACUAUGUUGUAUCAUUGUGGACAGUGGCUACUCCUUUACACAUAUUGUACCUUACUGCAGAAGUAAAAAGAAGAAAGAGGCAAUUAUUAGGAUUAAUGUGGGAGGAAAGCUCUUAACCAAUCAUCUAAAGGAGAUCAUUUCUUACAGGCAGCUACACGUUAUGGAUGAAACUCAUGUAAUUAAUCAAGUGAAAGAAGAUGUAUGUUAUGUGUCUCAGGAUUUUUACAAAGAUAUGGAGAUUGCUAAGUUGAAAGGGGAAGAAAAUACAGUAAUGAUAGACUAUGUUUUGCCAGACUUCAGCACAAUCAAAAAAGGGUUUUGUAAGCCAAGGGAAGAAAUGGUGUUAAGUGGAAAAUACAAGACUGGGGAACAAAUACUUCGUCUAGCAAACGAGAGAUUUGCUGUUCCAGAAAUUCUCUUCCAUCCUUCAGAUAUUGGCAUUCAAGAAAUGGGAAUUCCUGAAGCCAUUGUUUAUUCAAUUCAGAACUUGCCUGAAGAAAUGCAGCCUCACUUCUUCAAGAAUAUUGUUCUGACUGGGGGAAAUACCCUUUUCCCAGGCUUCAGGGAUCGAGUCUACUCUGAAGUUCGAUGCCUCACUCCAACUGAUUAUGAUGUUUCUGUUGUUCUGCCAGAAAACCCUAUUACUUAUUCUUGGGAAGGUGGAAAGUUGAUUUCUGAAAAUGAUGAUUUUGAGGAUAUGGUAGUAACUAGAGAAGAUUAUGAAGAAAAUGGACACUGUAUUUGUGAAGAGAAAUUUGAUAUUUAAGUGCCACAUUUGGAUAUAUAGUGAUACUCCACUGUUUCACUUUGAAUGGAACUUAUUUGAACUACAAAUUAUUUUAUGUAAAUUAGAACUGUGUUCUAACUUUCUUUCCUAUAAUUAGGAAUGUACAAUGAAUUAGUGCAAAUAACUUUAUUUUCACAGAUUUUAAACUACCACUGAAGACUAAUAUGUUAUAUAUCACCCUUUGUCAUUUUAUCUUUAGAUUCUGUCCUUACUAAAAUUUUUCAAUAAUUGUGUUAUUUUACUUUAAAAAAGUGUUAAAAAAACUGUUAAUGGCAUGAAACAAAAAUAUUUGAAGAUUAGUGUAAAACAAUUGUAUAGAAAUGAAGCUUUAGUCUAAAUUUUAUUUUCUCUUCCAAGAUGAAUGCUAUUGUCUUUUACUGAAAUAGUAUGCAGAAUAAUCUGCAUCAAAUACUCUUUAACCUGGAGCUCAUUUUAACAUGUCCUGGGAGGAAAAAAUCCUAUGAAAGGCUUACUUUGACUGGUUGAAAUUAUCUCAGUGAAUGGCUAAACAAUGGUUAAACUCAAAGUGUAAUUAUUCCAGUGUGGACUGUACCCCAACUUUCUGAAUACUUUUCUUUUUUAUAAGUUUAGGAUAAGGCUAUAGAGCAGCGAUUAACCCUUUGCACAGCUCCCAUAUAUAGUUUAGAAAAAACAAUUCAGUCUCCAGAUUAACUUCUUUGUUAGCCUUCCAGCACUGACUCUAACUCUGCCCUUUAUUUUGACUACUGGACUCACAUUUGAAUAUUAAAUUAUAAAAAAAAAGUUUGAGUUGUAUAUAGUUCACCAACAUCUCAGGUCUCUAUUUUAAUCCUUGUCCUUCCAUACCUCCCCCUUUGUUCUCCCUUGCUGUUGCAUUUAAUUUAGAUAGUUAACUUUCAGAUAUAGACCCAUCAGCUGUGUCAAGUGCCAUGAAUAUCCGCUAUAGAUGUAUUAAAAUUAAACAUACUUCCAAUUGGCCUUUGCAAAACAUCUUAAUCUAACUUUCUCAUGUAAUAAAUAAUUUCAUUAAUUUGAAAUGUAUGUCCUGUUUCCUUUUUUUUAAAAAGAAAAAAUUGCCUGGACUAGGCUACACUUUUGCAUUUUGGAUGCAAUAUAUUGUAGCAUUCUUUCCUUGCCGCAUCUCAAGUAUUGUAUGUACCAGAAAGGAAGAGGAUCCUUGGUUACUGAACAGAGUGCAUGUGACUUUACAACAAAAUACUAGAAGUGAUUUAUGGAACAAUCCAGUAAUGGUAGAGUGAGAUCUACUAAUUUAAUUCUGUUUAAAGAACAUAAAUGUCACUAAGAUGGACUCUGAUCUUCAGAGAGAUAUGGUCCAUUUGAGGUGGUGAAAGGGUGGGCUGGCUGUUAGUGGAAAUGAGGUGGCAGAGUUUUAAGACUGGAGUGGAGGGGAAAGAGUGAGAAGGAGAUAAAGUAGAGUUUUGGGGUUUUUUUAAUUGAAGUGAAGAUACAUUUACCAUUGAAAUAAACUGACAUUGGAGGCCAGGGCAUAGGCAGUUGUGAGCCAGAUCUAAUGCUGGAGCAGCCAGCGUGAAUACUGGAGAACCCCAGGAAAGGCACAGCACUAAGAAGUCCAGGGCAGUUCUCCCUACUUCUCAUGAGGCUUGGAUCAGCCAAGCACCCACGUGGGGUGCAGUAGGUGCGAACCACAGCAGCCGUGCUAGGCCUGGAGGGUUAUUCCAUCUCCACCUCCUGCAUGGGGAGGUGCUGUUCGUUUCUCACCCACGGUACUGGCUGCUGGGCAGGUAAAAGGGAAGUAACUAAAUGAUUCAAUAGAGCUCUGAGUAGUAUCAGACUAUGAUUAGUGAUUCAAGGCGCUAUGAAUGAUUACCCAGUGAGGCUAGAUCAGUUAGCAAAAAAAAUCAAAUGGGUAGGAAUCAGAUGGUCAUAUAAGCAUUCAAAAAAUUAGACAUCAAUUACAAGGAAGCAUGUGGCUACCAUUCAAUGACAGACAAUUGCAAAUAGGUGGAUUAACAAGGCAAGCAAACCUUAAAGUCCAGAAGAGUCAGCCAAGAACUAUAACAUGGGGAGAGAAGCAGGGCUUAAGUGACGGUGAUUUCCUGUCAAAACUGAAAAGUCUUAAAAUAUUGAUUCAAAGGCCAGAAUUUGUCAUAUUUGAUGCACUGCCUCUGGGUUGCAAAAUGUUUUUUGGCUCUUGACCCUUUAAAGGGAGGAGGCAGGACUCUGCAGAAGAUGGAAAUGACAUGGCAGAGCAACUUGUGGGCCACUAGCUGGGUCUGAAGAUCUGGGUUAGGUAUCUACAUACUCUGUAGGGUUUCAUUGUGCCUUCAUUCAGAAUUGCUACUUUAUACAACUUGUAGUUAAUGCUAUUUAAAAGCAGGCACUUGGGGACAAAACGAUGACAAGACAAGAAUAGCAAAACCUCUGUUUCCCCAAGGAGUCAAAGUGGGAAUCUAGGCAGGAACAUCAGAUUCCAUUUUAAAGUGUCUUCCACAGCUCCAUUUUAUGUGCAGCCUAAGACUUCAUUGAGUUCUGAAUUAACAAAUCUGGUUACAAGGUGAAGGUUAAACUGCAUGUGAGAAUACUUUCUUCUACCAAGUAGUUACAAAACACAGUCUCACUUAAGAUCUUAAACAUAGUAAGUACACUAGAUAUUUGACAUUUUAAAGUGUGUAGUUUGUGGAUAUCUGGUAUGAUCUGCAUUUGUAAGCAGAUGUCAGGAGUGGCAGAAAUGAGUUUUAGGUGAGACUUCUAAAAAAUUAGGAAAUGUAAAAAUACUGUUUCCAUAGCAAUAGGUACUCAGCCCUCUUGCCAGCAGCAGAACGUUAUCCAUCACGAAGGCUAAGUUUUUGUCAUGGAUCUUUUUUGUAAAAGUCAUGGACAGGUCAUGGGAAAUAAACAAAAUUUAUGGCAGCCUGUGACCUGUCCUUGACUAAAAAAAAUAUCCCUGACAGAAGUGAUAGGUGGGUUCAGCAGUGCAGUGCGUGGGAGCUCUGGAGUCCCCCUGCCCCUGGGCUGGGCUGCUGUGGGGAUCCCCUUGUCUGGGCAGAUGGUAGCUGCAGGGUCCCCCAACUGCUGGCUCUGGCUGCAGCUGGGCAGCUCUGGGGAGUCCCUGCUGCCCACUGGGAAGAUGCAAGGGGUCUGCCUGCUGCUGGGCAGCUGCAACAGGUCCCCCAGCUGCCUGCUGUGGGCCAUGGCUGGGCAGCUGCAUGGGGUCCCCCCCCCCAGGUUUGGGGCUGGGAACUGUGAGGGCGGGGCUGGUUGGGAGUUCCAGCUCCAGGGCAGAAAAUGUCACAGAGGUCAGUGGAAGUCAUGGAUUCUGAGACAUAAUUGUAGCCUUUUCCAUCAGUAUUGAGAGAAGCUGUUCUUAUAAGUUCUCAUUCUUUCCCCAGCACCACCCCAAAACUGCAAACAAGUGAAAAGUCCUGGGAUAAUUACUUUAUUCUAAUUAACAUAUUUGGUAGCUGCCAUGGCGGGAGUACGUUCUCACUAAAAAGAUGCAAAGGCAGUAUUCCUUAACUAGGUAGUUCUGCCACAAAUAUUGGUAAAGAUAGUUAAGCACUUUUAAAAGUCUAAUAUAGUUCCCUUGAAUGCUGGUGUAUGGUUGAAAUUAUAACUGAUG